AUCAGCCCUAAAUUACAGACUAACUAGUACCUGAUUCCACUGAUCCAAUCGGGUCAAAAUAACCCAUUAACCGAAAUACAACUCGGAGACAUACAGUAGCAGUUGUACUCUACAAGUCAUUCAAAGAGGCGCCAACCUAUAAGGGUACAUUUGACAUAUCACGUCCAUUCUUGACACAAUACUUCUUGGCAAUAAUCUUGGAAAUAUUUCAAUGUAGUUCUUGGCUCUAUAAACAUAUGAUUAGGUUGAUGACUAGUGAAACAAAGAUUACAGAAUCUUGGAAAAAUUAUGUGUUCUUACAUUGUUAUAUUUUCCUUCAUCCAUUCUUGGCAAUAAUCAUUUUCCUCAAAAUAACCCAUUAAUACCACAAACCCGCAACACAAAAAUCGAUGUCAGUCCACAUAACGACCCUUUUGCUCUUCAACUGAAAGUUGUACUCCAUGCAGAGAGAAAUCAUGGUGAGAGAAGACCGUCUCAGUGAUUUUCCAAAGUCGAUUUAAUUCACAUACUCUCUAUGUAGCCUGACAGAAAACAAGUUGUGAGAACGAGUGUAUUAUCUACACAAUGGCUGUCUCUUUGGAAGUCCGUUCCAGUAUCACUCAAUUUCGACGGCUACUACAAUACCGAAGAAAAUGAAAUUCAUGAUUUCGUGGCAUCCACAAAUAGAGAGCUUUGUUACUGGAGGUAUUGCGAGAAAAUCAGAAAAUACAGUGUUUGUCUCUCUAUAUACAACAACCAUUAUGUUAAAGAUGUUGAUUUAUGGGUACCUUUCGCAACCAAACUUGCUAACGUUGAAGAUUUUACACUUGGAUUUUACGAAUUCGAUCACAAGUAUGAGUUUCCUCAGUUUGCAUUUAAGAAUAACUCGUUGAGGAAUUUGGUUUUACGCGAAAUCAAAUUGAACCCUUCUGGUAGUGUAAACUGGACUAGUCUCGUUUCUCUUUCACUUAGGCUGAUGAAUUUGAGAGAAAGUGUCAUAGAAAAGGUAUUAUCUGGUUGCCCUAACUUGGAGUGCCUGGAGUUGGAUAGUGUUUGGGGCAUUCAUCGUUUGGAAAUCAGCUCUGUGAAGCUGAGAAAAUUGAUCAUAAAAAAAUAUGAAGAUGAGAGUAAUGACAUUUGGUUCGAAAUCUUAGUCCCCUAUGUUCAUAAUUUGCAACUUUUGGGGUCAUGCAACAGUAUAAGCUUGAGAAAUGUGGCUUCACUUGUCACUGCAGUCCUUUAUGUAGACUUUGAUUUAGGAGAUGGGGACGAAUUUCGGAAGAAAGAGUGUAGCUGUUUGAAGGAACUUCUUCACAGCGUUGCCCAUGUCGAGAAUCUUGACUUAGGUCCCUGGUGCAUCGAGGGCCUGUCUAUACUGGAGCUGAAAGGGUGGCAGCCUUCACCAUCAAGCCGGAAAUUCUUAAAACUCAAUGCAGCCAUAGUACAAUUGGACUUCCCUGGACUUUGCAGCUUUCUACAGAGUUCAUCGGAUCUUGAGACUUUAGUCAUUGACUGGCACAAUCCCGAACCAAGAGCUUUUGGCUUUCUUAUGAAUUUUGAAGGAAGGGAACUCCACUUACUAUUUAGUUUUGCCCAUCGAGGCCUGCUGUCAAGGUACACAAACGAGGAUGAACAGAGCAGGAGGUUCAAGACACAUAAUUUUAAUGGCUCUUUGCUACAUCUGAAGACCAUCAAGGUAUUUAACUUUGAUGGAUCACUAAGUGGAAAUAAGUCUGUACUGCAAUUGGUGAAAUAUUUGCUCAAGAAUGCAACAGUGCUAGAAAAGUUUGUCAUUGCUGCCAAGUUUGAAGGGAGUGACGAGUCUCAAGAUUAUGUUAAAAUGGCACAGGAUUUUCAAAGCUUUCCUAGAUCCUCUCUGCAUGCUUCAGUUGUUUUUUCUUAUUGAUAGUCUUUGACCCCUAUGGUUUGUAUUGAUCGCAACAUACUUAACCACUCUUGCUUUAUGUUUGAAACUGAUUUUGUAGUUGAUAGACAUGGCUAGAAUUGUACUUGUUAGUAUCCAAGGAGUUGUCAGUAGUUCUUCAUGCCUAAGUAACAAUGUUUUUAUUCUCUGAUCAUCCUAUAAGAAAACCUGCUCCAAAUGUUUUGUGAUUUCUACUUCAUAUUUGCUGAAUCUUUAUCAUGUUUCUGUACUUUGAAAACAUAAGGUUGAAAAUCAUUUUGCCAAUAUCAAGAUUCAUUACGACUUGUUUCUUUGGCCUAUGUUACUUUUUGUUGGUGGAAAAGAAACUUUAAAAUAUUUGUCAGUAUCGAAGGAGUUUUUAGUACUUGUUCCUGUCACGACAAUUAGAAUAGUUGCUCUCUCCCACUUUAUUUCUUUUCUAAAUAAAGAAUUGGAGGUCAGGUGCUACGGAGGUUGUUUCCUCCAGGAGUUCUCCUCACUGGGGAAGGUGUUGACUUGGAUUACUCAAUAACAUUAGUUACCUCUUUUAGAAUCAAGAAGAUCUGUAGGCAUGGAUGUUGCACCUGUUAUAGAGUCAAUCCCGUUGCACAUAUUUCAGGUUGCUGCUGUGACCAGUUCACCAAGUCAAAGUCCAAGAAUUUCAGGUAGUUCAAAACCCCAGGUCUUUGUACCAUGGAACCCGGGCUUUUCUUCAGGUUCUUCCUCAGUGUCACCGGGAUCUGAGCACAACCCCUCUGAGCAUCCUACCAAUGAAGAAGAAGAUGGUCAAUUUCAGUAGUAUUAAUAGAUCUGAAAGAAAAGUGGUAGACAUUGAGAACAAUGUCUUUCGAGAGUAUUGCAGCGAUUAUGUGCUCAGAGCAAUGCCGGAUGGGCACAAAUGUGUAAGUUUCAUAGGUGAGCCAAUUGAUGAUUCAAAGAGGCUCAAACUUGGCAAACUUUGCUUAUAUAAGUCCCUUGGCAGUCAUGCAAAUAAUGAAACAAAGAAAGAAAGUACUGCUAAUCAGCUCCGACCAGAGCAGCUAAUUGUUAAUGGAUUUCCUUUGAAGCCUGGAAGUUAUUGCUAUCACAAGGAAUCUGAAAUUUGGGGAAAGGUAACAUUGUUAUUGAGGUUUAAGUAAUUAUUCCUUGUAGUCCCUGUUGAGAAGUAAGAAUGUUAAUGCAACAUUAAGGAGAGAAAACUGAUAGAAUUGUGAGUUCAAACCUGAAGUUUGACUGGGGAACUUAGUCCUCAUGCAAUGGAACCACACAGGUCUAUAUUAAUGCCCGAGUGAUAACUCAACUGGAAAUCGAAGUGCUGAAGUUUAUGUGUUUGCACUUGAAGUGUUCCUGUUUGUAAGUGGUGAAGCAUAUUCCCUCUUUCUUGGUCAGGUUUGUCGCUUAUUGUCAUGCUAUAUGUCUUACGGAUUUCUUCAACAAAUGUUAACUGCCGCAUGAUUUUUUCCUGACCCUAUUACCUCUGCGAUCAUUUGUUGCUGGCUUGUCCUCCAAAAGUGUGGGUAAUUUCAUUGAGAUGCUAUGAAGUUAUUACAUAUACAUCCAUGCAGUCUCUUUGGAAGUCUGUUAUGGUUUCACUAAAUUUUGAGGGCUACUACAGUAGCAACGAAAAGGAAAUUCCUGGCUUCCGCGAGUAGAGAGCUUUGUUACUGGAGGUAUUGCGAGAAAAUCAGGAAAUUCAGUGUCUGUCUCUCUAUAUACAGGAAGCAUUAUGUUAAAGAUGUUGAUUUAUGGGUACAUUUUGCAAACAAACUUGCUAAUGUUGAACAUUUUGCUCUUGUAAUUUACGGUGUCGGUGACACAUGUGAGUUUCCUCAGUUUGCAUUUAAGCAUACCUCGUUGAGGAGUUUGGUUUUAAAGAACUGUAAAUUUAACCCAUUUGGUAGUGUAAACUGGAUUAGUCUAGUUUCUCUUUCAAUUAGGCUCCUGAAGGGUUUGAUGGAAGGUGUCAUGGAAAAGAUAUUAUCUGGUUACCCUAGCUUGGAGUGCUUGUAACUGGAUGAAGUUUGGGGCAUUCAUCAUUUGGAAAACAGCAGUGUCAAGCUAAGAAAAUUGAUCAUAAAAGACAACUACAAUCAGCUUGAAAUAUCAGCCCCUUUUAUGCAAACUUUGCAACUUUUGGGGUACUGCAGUGAUAUACACUUGCCACGUGGAAAUGUACCUUCACUUGUCACUGCAGUCCUUCAUUUAGAUCGUUUAGAUUUUGAUUUCGACGAGGAAGACGAUGAUGAAGUAGAUCACACCUUGGAGAAGAGGUAUAGCGAUAUGAAGGAACUUCUUCACAGCGUUGCCUAUGUCGAAAAUCUUGAAUUGUGUCCCUGGUGCAUCAAGUGUCUGUCCAUACUGGAAUUGAAAGGGUGGCAGCCUCCACCAUCGAGCCGGAAGUUCUUAAAACUUAAUGCAGCCUUGGAACAGUUGGACUUCCCUGGAAUUCACAGUUUUCUACAGAGUUCAUCAGACGUUGAUACAUUGGUCAUUGACUGGUAGAAUCACGUACAAAGACGGAUUUUUCCUGCAGGACCGGCUAUUAAGUUACACAAAUGAGGCUGAACAGAGCAGGAGGUUUGAGACACAUAAUAUUAACUGCUCUUUGCUACAUCUGAGGACCAUCAAGAUCACUAACUUUGAUGGACCACUGUAUGGAAAUAAGUCUGUAAUGCCAUUUGUAAAAUAUUUGCUCAAGAAUGCUACAAUGCUAGAAAGGUUCUUCAUUGCUGCCAAAUUCGAAGGGAAUGAUGUGCCUCAGAAUUAUGCUACAAUGGCCCAGGAGCUCCAACACUUUCCAUGAUCCUCCGCACACGCUUCAGUUGUCUUUUCUUAUUGAUAAGCUUUGGCCCCUUUGGUUUGAAUCGAUUGCAUCAUAGCUAACUGUUGUUACUUUAUGUUUGAAACUGGUUUUGUAGCUGAUAGACGAAGUUAGAAUUGUACC